UCCGCCCGUCCGUACCGAAGGGGAGCACCCGCGGUACGCCGGCUGCGCCGUGCCGGCACUUCAACACCGACUGCUGCCGGAGACGCAGCGCGCGCUCUCGCUCCGCAAAGCGCACCAGCACGCGGACGCUCCCGAGAGGCCAAGUAGCCGGACGCACGAGUCGGCCAGCAAACAGCGAGUGUCAGUUCUGUUGCCUUCAGCGCGAACUCGCCGAGGGACACCCGAGUCAACGCCGGCGGUCUCGAGCGAGGCGGCAAAAGUUUCCUGCCAGUCACCGGUGGAUCUAGAAACAUUCUAUUGCUCUCCUGAAAACUAAAUCGUUCGCAAUUGCUGGACUGCGAAACCUGACCGCGCCGUUUAUUCUGCUGGCUGCACUCUGGCCGUAUCCUGCUGCUGACCGGUAUGGAGCCCAGCGGGUGCGCCGAGCAGCUUCUGAGCCUCAAGACCAGCAUCGAGAGGCUGCGCCGGAGCGUCAACGUUGAGCUGGACAACCUGAGCGCAGUGCUCGACACACUGGCCCACAAGGAGAGUGACCGCAACAACCGGGUGAAUGGCAGCCACACUACCGAAUCCCAGCUUCGCAAGAAGAGCUCACCUGGACAGGACCUUCCAGAGAAGUUCUUCGCCAUUCGGGAGAGUCGUAUUGUGGACAUUAUGGCCAGCGAACACAUCCGGACAGUGUUCAACAUCUUCGUGGCUUUUCUGUUCCUCGUUACCGUCAUACUGAUCACAUCCUACUUUUACGAUCCUCAAAGGCUACACGACGACAUGUCGACCAUCGUGGUCAACUCUACCGGCAUCGUGGGUGUCUUCGGCCAUCUCAUUGCCAUCAACCUGGCUAUUCUAUUCCUCCUGCAUCCAUCACUGCAGCUCUGGGCUAGCUGUCGAGCGCUCGGCAAAAGCGGUCCCGUGGACGCCGUUUUCGGCAGCCUGUUCGCGCUGUUCCUGGGCUGUGUAACCGUGUUUCCUGUGCACUACAUCUUCGCCAACGAGCUGCCACCUCUGUCCUCCUGCAUCCUCGCCUUCGAACAGGUAAGAUUACUGAUGAAAGCGUACGCGUACACGAGGGAGAUUGUUGGCCGAGUGCUCAAGCAUGCAGAGCUGAAAGCGAAGAGUGAAAACAACCACGUGGAGCUGACGUUACCGGGAGUAUCCUGCGUCCUCUACUUCCUCUUCGCGCCCACUCUGAUCUACAGGGAUACCUACCCAAGAACGCCCAAGGUUCGCUGGGGCGCCGUGCUGUGGUACACGGGCCAGUUCUUCGCGUGCGUGGCCCUGUAUUCCGUGGUGCUGAACCACUUCAUCAAGGACCUCUUCUGUGACGCCGGCAAGGAUGGCUUCCAGCUGUUGGGUUUCACGCUCACUGGCUGCGCCAUUCUGCUGCUGGGCAGCAUCAGCAUGUUCCUCGUUUUCUACGGCUUCCUUCACUGCUGGCUCAACAUUUUCGCGGAGGCUAUGCGCUUUGGAGACCGACUCUUCUACCUGGACUGGUGGAAUAGCACUACUUACGCGGACUACUACCGGUCUUGGAACUUGGUCGUCCACGACUGGCUCUUCAAUUACGUCUACCGUGAUGCGUACAAGGCCUUCAACUAUAACAAGAAACUGGCCAUGCUGGUUGUUUUCUUCCUGUCCGCCCUGGUUCACGAAUACAUUCUGGCACUCAGCUACCGAUUCUUCUUUCCCGUCGUCCUGGUCGUCUACGGCACCAUCGGAGUGGCGCUUAUGUUUGCGACGAAAAAGAAGACGGCGCGCUUCUGGAACGUGUUCCUGUGGAUCACGCUGAUUGCCGGAUGGGGCCUGAUACUCAUCUUUUACACAGUCGAAUUCUACUCCAGGAUCAACUGUCCCACAUCCAAGAGCGCCCUGGCGGACUUCUUCAUCCCGCGGUCCUUCUCGUGGUCCUGCAAUUCCUUCAGCCACUCCAGCUGGUUCUCGUCGUCCUUCUACAAGCAGAAGCCCUCGUUGACGUGACGUGCGCCAUGCGUAGGAGUGUCAACGCGCCGAGACACGGACGUGCGAUCACUGUGUGUACAUUCCCAGUUCUGGCCGCCAAGUUGCCUGAACCGUGUAAAUAUGUAGCAUACUCUCCGGAUCACGUGGGAACGACAAUUUUACGGGGCAACUGAGUUAUUUUCGUGACAUAUUUUAAUAACGUGCUUGUACACAGCUGCGCUUGUUGAAAUCGUAUUUGUACACCUAUGUUUGAAGGCGUUUUAGACGCACUGCUGUUUUCGAAUAAAGUAUUCCAAACAAUCUUU